AUCCAGUGCUUUGCAACUAGACCUUUGGUAAACUCAUAACCCAUCUUCCUGGAGGCACAUAAUUCGGACAGUUUUUUUUUUUCAAUACACUAACUGGUUCUUGGGUCACAUCUUCCUGAGGCAAAGAGACCCACUCAACUAGUGCAACCCAUAGUUAUGAAAGGUGAGAGGCGGGCAAAGAGUAGAUUUUCAAGGCGAAAGGCAGCACGAGAGGCGGGCGAGGGGUAGAUUUUCACGGCAAAAUGCGGUGCAAGAGCCAGGGGAAGGUUCUAAUGACAAUUCACAGCCUGGCAAAAACGUUCUGUGUACUUUUCUGCCAAGUUGUUUUAGCUUGUGAAGGGCAAGAACUCAAAGGGUUUCUGCGAAAGCAAGCAACAAACAAGACACUGGGGAAACUUAUGGCGAGUGGUGGAACAAAAGCCUUUAGGUUUCAUCCCAGCCCUAGGAUGAUUCCACAUGCUAUCAGACCAGAAGUUCAACAUGUUAAGCUUUUGAUUGAAACAUUUGUUCACCGCGGGAAAAAACCAAAUGAUGUUCACCCUCUCCAAAUUCCUGUAUUGGGAAAUAAACUCAGUGACACUGAAAUCAAAUUGCUUGCAAAAUAUUUCAACAACUCUGGAGAGAUUUUGUGGAGGCCAUCGUUAAUUGCAUUCCGUCAUCUCCAGGCAUUUCCAUCUAGGGUGCAUCGUGUACCACAUUCAUUUCGAACAGAGAUGCUAAUAGAUGCAAUGCAACAUUUGGAAGGGUUAUCAUGUUCUAGUAAUUUUGAAGCUUUAAGUGAGGUUGGAACUUCUAGAGCUCUGUACAUGGGAGGCAAAGCUGCAGAACCAUGUGAAAAUGGCAAACAUGAAGACCAGCCGGACCCAUAUGAAAAUUGCAAAGAUCUGGAUAUACUUGGUUGUUCACCUGAAGAAGAGUGUGAGAUAGUAGAAGAUGAUAAAUAUUCAGUUCCAGUUCCAGGGAUGGAUUCUGAGAAUGAAUUGACAGGGGAGAAUUCUCAUGCCCACCUCUGUCUAUUUGACUCGGAGCUUGUAAAGGUUGAUAAUCUAGGAAAUGUUUUAGUCUCUUUGCCACAACUUUCUACCAAAGCAGCAGCUUCUGAGUCUAAAUGUGUGGGUCCUGAGCAUCCUGAAGCAAUAAUAACAGAUAAAACAGACAAUUUAUUGAGUGAAGAAUUGAGCAAUGACUCCAAAGAUGUGGAGGCACAUAGUCCACGGCUAACUUACUUUAUUACAAGUGGUGUUGUUCCAGAGUCUCCCAUAAAUAGUCCAGAGAGAGAGAAGAAUGUUCAAAAACUGAAUUUGGAAGGCUUAGUGGCAUCCUUGCUACAGGAUAAGAAGGUCAACCAUUGUGGUACUAGUGGGGAUGAUGGUUUUCCUUCACACGUUACAAGUUCAACUCCUUUACAAAAAGGAGAGGGAUCAAGAACUUCCAUGUCUUCCCAUUCAAAUAGUAAUUGUAUUAAAUGAACUCCUUAUGCAAAAAUGUCAAGCCCAAUCUGCAGCAAAGACUGGCUUCUAGAAUCUCAACACAUGUCAGAAAGAGCUGGUGUAAGGAACAAGUUUAGAAGGUUGCGCAAGCUAGGUGAUGGUUGUAAAGAAAUAUAUCAAGAAUACACAGAAAAAAAUAACGUUUCUCCCCAAAAAGUGGCAGGCUCUUGUUUUAAGUCCAACAGGGCUGUGAGUCGUGUGACCAGGAGGAAGCACAGAGGUUUUGAUAAUGCCAAACCGCCGUGAUCAAGUCAAACAAUGAAUAUACAAGGCGAAGAAUGGAAAGUUAAACGAGAGCCAAAAGAGACCAAGAACGAAGACCGAAGUCCCUAGCUUUGUUGAGUCGGUCAUAAUUGUAAUCAAGACCGACCCAACCCUCACGCAUUGGCUCUUUAGGCUAAAACCCUUCUUUACAUUUCCUAAAUCAUAAAAAUGUUUUUCAAACAUGUUUAAGUCAUUAAAAACACUUGGUGUUCGCCCAAACCAAAAACCAAGCCAUCCGGCGUUCGGGUUUCAGAAACCGGCGUUCGGCUCCCGGUUAUCGGCUAGGGUUUUUGGCGUCCGAACCAACCAAGUGGUUUUCAACUUUUUAUGAUUGGUUUUCACUCUUUGGCAUGUUUAAACGGUUCUCCAACAAAAACACCUUGAAAACCAUCUUUCGCUUUUGGUCGUUUGACAAAAAUCAUUCAAAACGGCAUAAACUCGGCUAGCCGUGGUUUUCACUCAAAUGACGUGGUUUUUAAAGUGUCUUACUUGAUUUCUUAGCCAAAUACAUCAAAUAAGUAUUCUAAACACUUGGUUUU